AUGGCUUCUCCCACCGCUGAUUUGGUAAAGCUAGCUCAAAAGCUUAUUCGCGACGGACCAAAAAGGAUCGAGCCAACAUCUCGACGCAUCCGCGGUCUUUUCAACGGCAAAUAUGUGUUCGAUACAACCAAUGCACGUUACGUGUGGGAAGUUGACCUACGAUACCCACAAUACUACAUACCCUACUUAGACUUCACCACCAGAGACGCAAAACUGUUUGCGGGCGAAGUUAUCAACUACACCUCCGGCGCCGCACACCUCUACAAGCUAACCAGCGGCACGCGGAGCACAAACCGCCUUCUCGUCUUUCACUCCGGCCCACUCCAAGACCUCAUCAAGGUAGAUUUCUCCGCCAUAGAUCAGUGGUUCGAAGAAGACACGCGGAUAUACUGCCACCCCAAGGACCCUUACAAACGCAUCGACAUCUUGCCUUCUUCCCGCAGCGUCAAAUUGGCGCUCGACGGCGUCACGCUGGCUGAGACCACCAGUGCACUGUUCCUAUUGGAAACGACGCUGAGAACACGGUACUAUGUCCCUCCUACAAGCAUCAACUGGGAGUAUCUGACGCCCAGUGAUACGACGACGCUGUGUCCAUACAAGGGGCAGGCAGAGUACUAUCAUGUUAAUGUGAAUGGGAAAGUAUACAAAGAUUUGGUGUGGUAUUAUCGGUAUCCGACCAUUGAAAGUGCGCUGAUUGCGGGGUAUUUGUGCUUUUACAAUGAGGGGGUGGAUGUAUGGGUUGAUGGGGUCAAGGAAGAGCGGUAG